CGUCCCACCACCCCGCUUCACAGCUUCGGUGAAUUGUAUGACAGCUGCGCUUUGUUGAGAAGUGAAGCUGAAGUGAUGACUGUACGCUCAAUGGCUCCCAAUCCUCAUCGCGGCAAGUCUUCGUUUCCUACUUCCAAACCUACCCAGAUAGUAAGAUGGGGCCACAACAGGAGAAAAAAGAAAAAGAGCAAUUUUUCGAAGGUCUGUACCAGCUAGACGAAUAUAUCAGUGAUGAAGAGAACGAUAUCGACUCUCCAGUAAUGUCGUGCAAACAACGCGGACAGAAGUCGAAGGAGACGGUCGAAGUCCAGACUGAUCUAGUUCCCCAGAUAAGAUCGCGCGAUAUGGUCCGAUCUCACGCGAAGCGAAAAUCUCAUGAAGAAGGAUCACAACCGGUGCCGAUAGAGAUCAUGGAUGACCCCGAGGAUGAGGUGUCUUCAGAUCCAAAGUCGACACUGACGAAGAGGAGAAAGACUGAGACGGUAACUAAGCAUAACAUCGGCACAUCUCCUAGCAUAGCGCCGCCGAAGGACGGAUCGAAUGCAGUCAGAAGAAAUGCGACAGACAUGUCAAACCUAAAAGAGCGAAAGAAGCACGUCAAGAAGAGCAUGAAAUUGAAGCCUGCUCCUCUCGAAAAACAGUACCUUAGGGGUUUCGUCUUUUACUUCUUUCCCAACAACGACGACUGUCCUAUCCGUCGGCUCAGAAUACACAAAGCUGUCUGCCACGGAGCUCUUUGGGUACACGAGUGGUAUGAUGAUGUGUCCCACAUCAUUGUCGAAGAUGGCCACUCUGUUACAGACGUAGCAAAAUCAUUUCCCUCGGGAACGGUCCCGGAAUGCCCUGCAAUCGUGGCCGACUUGUGGCUGAUUGAGACCUUUAGCUCGAAACAACCGCGAGAUGUCAAUUGGAAGCGGUACCUGGUACCGGGGUUCGAAAGCCGCCGAAUUCAGCCAGUUGACGCUUUUGGUGAAUGCACAACUUCAAGCUCUAAUCGUGAGUGUACGCCACCACGUCCGCAGUCACAGCUCCAAAAAGGGGACACCACUCCUUCCAAGUCACCGCCGGACCACGAACAAGGACCUGAGGAUGAAGCAACAGAUUCAGAAGACGAGCUUGACUUUGCUAUUAGAGAAAUGCAAGACCUUGGGGACUUGCAACUGGUGCCGAGCUUCAACAGUGCUAGCGAAUCGCUGGGCGAUGGAGACGAGGACUCUGGCUUUGACAUAGUGCCCUACAAGGAGGACAAGCUUCGCAAAGAGAAUGCCGGAUUUCAGUGCAUGGAAAAGCACGACGGUACGACUAAUACGACAAACCCAAAUGCUCGAACCAUUGACCAACUUCAGAAACUGGCAACGAUUUACGACCGGAAAGGAGAUAACUGGCGAACGACGGCAUUUCGAAAGGCAAUCGGCGCUUUAAGAAGACGCAGCGAGCUGAUCCGCACAAAGGAACAGGCUGCGGAAAUGCCUGGGGUCGGCAAAAGUAUUGCCGCACUGAUUGAAGAGUACGUUUCGCAAGACCGAAUCCAGCGACUUGAAGAGGCCCAGAAGGAUCCGCGUGAUCGGACGCUGCAGCUAUUUUUGGGUAUUUAUGGUGCAGGCUUUCAGACAGCAUCAACAUGGUACUCUCAAGGCCAUCGUACUUUGGACGAUCUUCGUCAAGGAGUGCGACUGACCUCUAAUCAACUUGUGGGCAUCGACCAUUACGACGAUUUUCAGCAGCGAAUCCCGCGAGAUGAAGUCGCUCAGCACGCAGCAAUUGUGAAGAAAGCCCUAAGAGCCACGGACAAAGGUUUGCAAAUGCUAGUGGGCGGCUCUUACAGAAGAGGUAAAGCAGACUGUGGAGAUAUCGAUUGCAUUAUUACCAAGGAGAAUGCCGGCAUUGACCACAUCCGGACAUUGGUGAUGGAGAGCGUGAUCCCCAAGUUGACAGCACAAGGAUUUUUGAAAGUUGCUCUCGCCACGGGUCAUUCUCAUGAUCCAGGGUCGAAAUGGCAUGGCGCAUCAGCACUACCAGGCUCUAAGAUCUGGCGUCGGCUUGAUUUGUUAUUCGUGCCCUGGGCGGAGCUUGGAGCAGCAUUGAUAUAUUUCACCGGCGAUGAUCUCUUCAACCGAAGUAUCCGGCUUCUGGCGGGGCGCAAGGGUAUGAGACUGAAUCAACAUGGACUGUACAAGGACGUCAUGAGGGCACGUGGACGCGAACGAAUUACGACUGGAACUCUUGUUGAAGGACAUUGUGAGAAGCGGAUCUUUGAAAUUCUGCGAGUUCCAUAUCGGAAGCCAGAAGAGAGACAGAUUGGGUGAGGUGGUGGCGGAUUGGCACCGAAGCAUUAGCGACUUCCUGCUAUCCAUAACGUCCUUAUUUCCCAAAUACACACCGUGGCGUUUAAGUUCGACCUCCUUACAGCUCUCAAUUAACGAAUAUUGACU